GCGGUAGCAUCCGUCGAGCGGUAGAGAAUCGAAACAGAAACUGAAACUGAAACUGAAACAGAAACUGUUACAAUUUUGUGCUUUGUUGUGGCACCUGCAACCUGGAAUUGGGGACCUGGAACACCAGCUAUUAUGCGCACACUUUCCUCGCUCGAUAUCGAAACAUUUCGAAUUGCUGGCCAGCAGUGAGCGGGCGAAGAGACUGCAUCUCCACGCCACAUUAACUGAAAACGAACCAUAAAAGUGCCAACACUCUAGACAACAAAAAGAAUCUAACCAGUAGCUCUUAGUUAAAGUAAAUAAAACAUUCAACAUGAAGCUGCUGUGCUGCGGUGGGAGCAACAAUAACUCCAUGGACCUGAAGGACUCCAAAAAGGAGGAUGAGGCCGAGGGCAAAAGUUCCGGUCUGGGAGUACGCCACUUCCAGGUAUUUCUGCUCUUCUGCGCCCUGACGGUGGCCUAUGCGCAGCGCGUCAACCUGUCCGUGGCCGUGGUGGCCAUGAUCGAUUCCGCCUCCGCCAACCCAGACUUUCCUGAGUACAACUGGUCGGAUAAGAUCAAAUCCCUGCUGCUGAGCAGCUUCUUCUGGGGCUAUGUGGUCACCCAGGUGCCGGCCGGCCAGCUGGCAAGGAAAUUCGGUGGCAAGGUGAUGAUCCUCUCGGGCCUCACCAUCUGCUCGGUGCUGAACAUCCUCACGCCACUGUGCGCCAAGCUGGGAGGCUGGCAACUGGUCUGCGCCCUGCGUGUGGUCGAGGGUCUGUGCCAGGGCGUGGUCUUCCCAUCCACGCACACGAUCCUGUCCCAGUGGGCGCCGCCGAAGGAGCGCGCCACACUCGGCACGUGCGCCUAUGCCGGCAAUCAGUUUGGCACGAUCAUCAUGCUGGCCACCAGUGGACUGCUGGCCGCCUCCUCGGCUGGCUGGCCCAGCAUCUUCUACAUCUCAGGGGGCGUUGGGUGCGUCUGGUCCGUCGUGUACUUCCUUUGGGGCGCCAGCUCGCCGUCGGAGUGCAAGAGCAUCACGUCGGAGGAGCGCAAGUUGAUUGAGUUGGCGCAGGCCGGAGAGGUGACCGCUGGACAGGACCAGCCCAAGGAGCAGCCGCCCACACCCUGGCUGAGCAUGUUCACAUCGCCCGCAUUCCUGGUCCUCAUCGUGGCACACUCCACCCACAAUUGGGGCUUCUGGACCCUGCUGACCGAGAUUCCCAGCUACAUGAAGAACAUCCUGGGCAAGGACAUCAAGUCGAACGCCCUGCUCUCCUCCCUGCCCUACGUGUGCAUGUUCUGCAUGUCCUUCGUCUUCUCGGCCAUUUCCGCGCAGCUGAACAACCGCAACUGCAUCUCCACGGGCACCAGCCGCAAGCUGUUCAACACGAUCGGCACCUGGAUCCCCAUGGUCACACUCAUCGGCCUGGGCUACACGGCUGCCGACCAGGCCACCCUGGCCGUCGUUCUGCUCUGCUUCACCGUGGGCACCAAUGGCGCCACGUACCUGGGCUUCAACAUGAACCACAUUGAUCUGUCGCCGAACUAUGCCGGCAUCCUGAUGGGCAUCACCAACUGCGUGGCCAAUAUAAUGAGCAUCAUCGCCCCGCUGGUGGUUGGUGUCAUUGUCACCAAUGAGAAAGAUCCCGAUCUGUGGCGCAUCGUGUUCUUCAUUGCCGCCGGCUUCUACCUGGUGGGCAACGGACUGUUUGUGCUCUUCGGCAAGGCCGAGGUGCAGUCCUGGAAUGAUCCCCCGUCGAAGUCCAAGGCGGACGCCACACCUCAAGUGGAGUCGCAGCACUAGAGAAAUAGCGAAGAGAGAGAGAGAGAGAGAGAGAGAGAGAGAAACCGCUAGUCAGCUAGUUCAGUUUUCCACCAAAACCCCAGGCGAAAUCAGAUGAUGGUCGGCCUGUCAACUGUCAAUCCUAAAUCUAAUGGGGCGCAAGGCAAUGCAUUUUCGCACUGUCCGAACUAAGUCGCGCUCCGUCUACACUGUACAUAUCUUUUUUUGUUGUUGUACAUAAUUAUAUUUGUAAACUAUUCGUUACUGUACUCCGUAUGGGUGCAUUCGCGUUGCCCUCUUAGGUCUUAGUUUUAGUUUUAGAGACUAAUUUAUGUAAGGACAAAGUGAAGAGAAACUGCUAAUAAUAAUGUGAAAAGAAAACCAAAAA